CGCUGCCGAGGGUGGAAUUUUCGAAAAACCGCUCGCCGCUCACGCCGAACCGAACUAGGGGGGUGUCUACCCUUAUAAUAUAGCGCUGGGAAACGGAAACGUCACUUUAAAUUGAGGUAUCGUCGAAGUCGUUUGUGUGCCUGUGUCGUUUUUGUGCGAUUUUUCCAUCGGCAGCUCGGGAAACGUCUGCAGAGACAAAGAAAACUGAUCAAGAUAGGCUACCACUGCACCGUCGCAAGAACCAAAAUGGCCGUACAGCUCUCCGAACCACUUCUGGCCGAAUACGGACUGAGCACCGAGUGGUGUCGCGACGCGCUGCGGAACGAGAUCGGCGACCGUCUGCCGAAAGAUCCGCGCCAAUGGACCCGAGAGGACGUCAUCCAGUGGCUGAAGCUGGUAACGACCCAGCACGGCCUACCCGAAGUGCCAGUCGCUCGAUUUUUGAUGAACGGAAAGGCGUUAUGUCUAAUGUCGCCGCACAUGUUCCUGACGAGAGUGCCGUUGGGCGGGAAGCUUCUGUAUAAGGAUUUCCAGCUGAGAUUGUGCGCCGCCCUCUACUCGAUCAGCUAGUGAACUAAUCGCACGCACCAGUUUUAUUUUGCAGCUAAUUUCAAAGACCAAUACCUUUAUGU